AUGUCACCAUCAGCAUUGCCCAAGUCUCCUCCGGAUCUUCAUAUCCCAAAGAGUUCCUCAACCGUAACAGUCAAACUAAUCGACAGCACGGCCAUCCUCACCAUCCCCAUGCACACUAUGCUCAAGCCCUCCUACACUGCCCAUGAGCUCCUCUAUGCACCGUGCCUCGUCUUCCUAAUCGAGCACGCAUCGGGCCGUAAGCUGCUCUUCGACUUAGGCAUGCGCAAAGACUGGGAAAAUCUAGCCCCUGCCUUCACGGCCACGAUCGAAGCCGCGGGACCAGGUGUCACGAUCGAUAUUAAGAAAGAUGUCGCUGAGAUCCUCCAGGAGAAUAAUGUUGAUGUGAAGGGCGGUGCAAUCGAGGGGAUCAUCUGGAGCCAUUGGCAUACCGAUCACACGGGGAAUCCUGCACUCUUCCCUUCCAGCACAUCCAUCAUUGUCGGUCAUGGCUUCAAGGAAAACUUCAUGCCCGGGUAUCCCACUAAUCCUGCUGCGCCUCUGCUCGACACUGACUUCGAUGGGAGGGACGUAAAUGAAGUUACCUUCUCGAAUUUGGAGAUUGGUGGUUUCCGCGCCAAUGACUUUUUCGGCGAUGGGAGUUUCUAUAUCCUCGACUGUCCAGGCCACACCAUCGGCCAUAUCUGUGCAUUGGCCCGAGUCACGGAAGAUACUUUCAUCUUCCUGGGCGCCGACGCAUGUCACCAUGGAGGCGAAUUCCGCCCAACUGAGUACCUGCCCUUACCCGAGAAAAUCAAUCUCGGUCCCCUACACAACCACGCAGCGAUGCAUUUCUGUCCAGGAUCCAUGUUUGAGAAGCUCUCUCCAACUCCGAACAAGCCGUUCUAUCGCACAAACGAGGUAUUUGCGUAUGAUAGGGUGAAAGCGGACGAGACGAUUGAGAAAUUGGAGGUCUUUGAUGCUGUGGAUAAUGUGUGGGUUGUUAUUGCGCAUGAUCCGAGUCUGUUGGAGCCAGGAAUGGGAGUCGAUUUGUUUCCUUCUGGGAGUGUUAAUGGGUGGAAAGAGAAGGGACUGGCUGAGAAGACGAGGUGGAGAUUUCUGAAGGAUUUCGAGAAGGCCGCUGAGGCUGCUGUGUGA